AUGUCCGAGAUCCUCUUAGCUGGCUCCGAAACCAGAUCCGGGACUAUGGCAUGCCUAUUCUUGGAACUAGCGCACAAUCCCCGUGUGCGUUCCAAGCUCCUAGCAUCACUCCCGCCCAAGGAUCCCCAUGAUCUUGUUGAUAUUGUGGAGAGAAAAACUGUCCGAAGCAGUCCAGAAUACCGGUAUCUUGAGGCUUGCAUCAAGGAAAAUCUCCGCUUGCAUCCUAUUGCUUCCGAGAUGGGCCGGCGAACCGGUGAUCAAUGGAUCAAUUUCAUGGGCUACGAUCUGCCUCCGCAUACGGUAGUUUCGGCUUCCUACCGAGACCUACAUCGAGAUCAGAGGUAUUGGCCAGAACCAUUGAGUUUAAUCCCUGAGAGAUGGCUGCCGGAUGAUCAAAGGGGUGAUAUCCCUGCUGCUGAAAUUUCAACCAAGUCGUCGGCUCGCGGAACCAGGUCAUUCUAG